CAAUAGCUGCGAUGGCGGACAUAUAAAAGGGCCUCCAGCCAGUAUGGAGAAGUCCUCCAAUUUCAAUUUCAACCCCAGUCACCCACCAAGAACCAGAAUGACGCCUAAGAAGGACAGGGAGAAGGGAGCCUUGGUGCCUCCCAGAAGCCAUCGACAAAGGCCACCGAAGGCAAGCCGGGUCCCUGAGGCAUCAUCACUGAGGAAAGAGAGGCUACAAAAGGAGAAGCCAGAUACAAAUGAGGUGACGGUGGAGCAGGAGCCAGAAGUGAAGGCGAAAUCCACUGUGGUGGACAUAGACAGCGUGAGAGAGGAUGAGGUCAAAGAGGAGAACCUCGGGCUCCUGGAAGCAGCAGAGCAGGAGGAUGGUCUGAAGCGCAAGAACCUGGGAGUGUUUGAGUGGCUGCUGAUGGUCUUCGUCUUGGCUCUGGUUCUCCUCUUCCUCCCUCUUUCCAUCUGGUUUUGUGUCAAAGUAGUGAGGGAGCAUGAGAGAGCUGUGAUCUUCAGACUGGGUCACCUACUACGUGGAAGACCCAGAGGACCAGGCCUUCUUUUCUACCUCCCACUACUUGAUGUGUGUCACAAGGUUGACAUCCGACUGAAAAUGCUGAAGGUUCCUCCUCACACGGUAGUGACAAAGGACUUGGUGAGGCCAGAGCUGAGUGCAGUUUGUUAUUACCAGAUAGAGAACGUGGCUUUGUGCAGCGCAGCUCUGUCUAGUCUCACCACAGUGCUGCAGACUCUGGUCCAGGCAGUGGUCAGAGACAUUCUUGCCCAUCACACAUUCAGCCACAUCCUGCUGCACAGGAGGAGGAUCGGACAGAAAAUACAAGCAGCUGUUGACGCUGUUGCUUGCCGCUGGGGCAUCAGGGUGGAGAGAGCAGACAUAGACGAGCUCAGUUGUCCUGUGGAGUUACAGCAGAGUCUAGCUGGUGAGGUUGAGGCCAAGAGACAACACCAAGUCAGAGUAAAAGCAGCAGAAGGGGAAAGAGAUGCCUGGGAGGGGUUCAGGGCUUCCCUCCGUCUCCUCCAUCCUGCCCUGGUCCUUCCACUACCCCCAGAUCUCCUCAGCGUGACCCCUGAUCUCUCAUCCCUACCACCCCCUCCUCCCCAUUCUGUGGAUGGAGAAGGAGAGGGGGAUACAGAGACAGACUCGCCAAUGAUGUGACAUGUGACUGUUAUAAGAUGAAAUGUUAUUAUUUGUGAAAUGUUAUAAUUAAUUAUUGAACACCUAAUUGAAGUGAGGGUGUUAUGGUAAAGUUUCAGGAGAUUUUGAUCAUGUUACAGAAAGUAACCUUCUAGCCAAAUGAUUUUGUUUAUUUAAGUAUAACUUAAAAUAUGAGCUAAUGUUAAAUGUUUUCCAAAGUGCCUGGGGGGAAAGACUUAACCUUUUGAAAUAUCUGCAGAGACUUUAUUUUUUGGAAGGUAACAAAAACUAUUUUGCCUUUACAUAGAGUUCAAAGACAUAUCCCAAUGUUAAGCAAAACCACAACAAGCCAUUAUAUAAAUGGUGACAUCGGUGACCUUGUGAUAGUGGAAAUAUUUUAUACUUAUAUUUACCCUGGCAAAUGGUACUUUUUGUUUAUUGUUGUGUUUUAUGUUUUAUGUCCUAAAAACCUAAAAGUGAUAACUGGACAUUCCCAUACAUAUAAAGUUGUAACACCAUCUGAUCACACAUCAGAUCACCGUUUCUUGGUCCUUUUGGUGCUGCUUGUUAGUUUGGCUUCAGCUGAAGUUUUCUUUGGAGGAGCUGGGGGUGUUACUGGGGGUGGGGAAGGUGGUGGCGUU